AAAAAAAUUUUCAUUUUCGAUCUUUAAUAUGCCUAAUAAAAAGAAAAGAAAACGAGGAAUAGAAACAGAACAGUCAAAAUAUGAUGCACCACCUACUUCUGAUAAAAUAUCCGAUAUUCCUAAAAACUUUAAAAGAUUAUUACUAGCUAAUAAAUUUAAGAAAAAACAAGUUAAUAGUUCCGAAAUGAAUAAAGAUAAUUCUCAGAUUAUACAAAGAAUACCUGGUGAAUCAUUUUUGGAUUUUAGUAGGAGGUUAGAAGAUCAUAUGAGACCCGAUAUACUUAAAGCAAUGAAAGAAGGAACUUCGGCAAAGGAUAAAACUAAACGAUUUCGAGAAAAAUUAAAAGAGAAGAAAAAGGCAAAAAUAAAAAAAUUAAUAGAAGAAGUUAAUUUUAAAGAUUUUGAUGAUUUCAAAGAUAAAAUAAAAUUUGGUGAAGUAGUUCAAGCUCCCCCUUCAUUAACAGUUAUACCAAAAAAACGUGAUAAAAUCAAUCAUUUAAAAAAAGAUAAUUUAGAUAAUUCUAAAGGACAGAAAAUGAAUCAUUUAAAUGUUGCUAAUAAAAGGAUUAUUGCUGAAGAAAGGAAAAGAGUUAUGGCACAAUAUCGUUUGGUUAAAGCAAGAAAAUUGAUAAAUAAAAAUUCAUAUUCAGAAGAUUAAUUAGAUUAUAUUCUAAUUGGAUAUCUUUUACAAGUUAAAAUGUAAACAAGUAAAAAUUAGACUUAUCCAAAUUCAGAUUUAAUGUAAAACCGAUUGCAUUAGACAUGCACAUAACUUAAAAUAAAUUUAACUAAC